CACACGAUGAUGUGUCAUAUAUACAAAAACUGUAUAUGAUAUCGUCCUAGAUUGUGACCAGCAGAGGUAUCGUGUAUCACUUUACAGCAGGAAAGUUUCCAGAAUACAGAUUUGUUCAUCUCUGUUGGUGUUGGCUACAGGUUUGGGGUAGAAGGUUAAAUAAUGAACAGAAUAUUCAAAUAGAAGUUGCAUCAUUUACGGUACGUAUGGAUUAGGUAUAAAAGCCAGCAUAACUAGUCUGAUUUUAACCAGCAGUGGGGUACGUUGGAAAUACUGUUUACCUGACACACUGUGUAGUGAAGAGAAUCAAUGUUUAGAUGACUAAAGGCGUUCGGGAGUGUUAUUUAAAGAAAAAAAGAGUCCAUAUUUUGACCUUACUGUGUUAAUGUUGGUUAAUUCAUGCUUUCAUAAAAGAUAUAGUUUACACGUUAUCCCACUACCAAACAAAAGGCGAUGACGAGGGAAAGGUCACAAUUCAAUGUAAACGGAGUCAAGCGUGGCGGAGAUGUGGCAUACAAUGGCGAUUCAUAUGGAAAAUACAUAGUUAACAAACAUGACGAGGCACCUCAAGGACAAGGGGGGAUUCUAUCCAACGGACACGAAAACAAAGAGAGGACUCACGACGCGAAAGAAAGACAUGUCCCUAUUCCAGAUGUAAAGUUUGAGAAAGACGAAGCAAGCCAACCAAAAAGAGAAACAGACUCAGAUAAUGGACUGAAGAUUGGAGUCUUUGGACUUUUCCGGUACGCGACGUGUAUAGAUAAGGUGUUGCUAUGUAUUGGGACUCUGUGCGCUGCCGUCAGUGGCUGUUGCGUCCCAUUAAACCUCUAUGUGUACGGCCAGGUAGCCAACGCAUUGAUCCUGAACGAUCUGUUCCAAUCUUUUAUAUCAAAUUUGAAUGGGACUUUCCCGCCGGACAACUUUACGGCACCCAAUGGAAUGACGUUUGGUGAACUGAAAGAGUACGAAGACAUUUUUAACAUAGCACAAGGGUACGCCGUCUGGUUCUGUCUGCUCGCUGUGGGUGUGUUUAUAUUUGGCUCUUUGUCAGUGAUGUGUUACAGCUCUACAGCAGAACACCAGAUCUAUACGAUUCGGCAGCAGUUCUUCCAGUCAGUAAUGAGACAGGGAAUCAGCUGGUUUGACAUGCAUGACAGUGGAGAGUUGAGUUCAAGGUUAACACAGGAUAUUCAUUUGAUAUCAGAUGGUAUCGGCGACAAGUUUGCGACCAUGAUCCAGUGGUUUACUACGUUUGUAGCUGCCUAUAUUAUUGCGUUUCUGUCGGGGUGGAAACUUGCCCUGGCGACGGUUGGCUUCUGUCCAGUUAUCAUUAUAACAGGGGGAUCCUUAGUAAGGUUCAUGCGCAAUUUAGCCAAGGAAGAAUCCGACGCUUAUUCCAAAGCAGGUUCUGUAGCAGAGGAAGCCCUAGGAAACAUAAAAACAGUGAUGGCCUUCAACGGACAAAGCAAAGAGUGCGCUAGGUACAAUAGUCACCUAUCCCAUGCUAAGUCUAAUUCUGCCAAGAAAGGGGUCUUGGUAGGACUCAGUGGCAGUGUACUUUGGCUGUUACUGUAUGGAGCCUUCGCGGUUGCAUUUUGGUACGGAAUCAAACUGAUACAGGACCAGGAAAGUGGAUUUGAUCCAGGAAGUACGCUCACGGUUUUUCUUGGGGUAAUGAUUGGGUCUAUGUCCCUCGGAAAUGCCUUCCCCACUCUCGAGAUUCUGGCUAAUGCCCGUGGAGCUGCACAAAAAGUCUACGAGGUCAUUGAACUUAUCUCUGAGAUAGAUCCUGUCUCAACAGAAGGCAAAACACUGGAGAAUUACGAGGGUAACAUUGAGUUAAGGGACGUCUUCUUUGACUACCCUGCCCGUCCAGAUACGCCGGUACUGCAAGGCAUGAGUUUAAAGGUCGGCGUGGGUCAAACAGUGGCGUUGGUUGGUUCGAGUGGAUGUGGCAAAAGCACAGUGAUACAGCUGCUGCAGAGGUUCUAUGACGCAGAGCUUGGUCAGGUGUUGCUGGAUGGUCAUGAAGUUAAAACGUUAAACGUAAACUGGCUACGAAGACAAGUUGGCGUGGUCAGUCAAGAGCCAAUUCUAUUUGCCACCACAAUCGCUGAGAACAUUCGGUAUGGACGACUCGAGGUCACCAUGGAGGAAAUCAAGACAGCUGCUCGGGAAGCCAAUGCUCACGAGUUUAUAUCUGAGUUUCCAGAGGGCUAUGAAACGUUAGUGGGAGAGAGAGGUGCCCAGAUGAGUGGAGGACAGAAGCAAAGAAUAGCCAUCGCCCGGGCCUUAGUCAGAAACCCCAAGAUUUUACUACUCGACGAGGCUACAUCAGCUCUAGACAACGAGAGCGAGGCUGUUGUACAGAAAGCGCUCGAAAAAGCUCAGGAGGGACGAACAACCAUUGUCAUUGCCCACCGUCUGUCGACCAUACGUAAUGCAGAUAUUAUCUAUGGCAUAGAUGAUGGACGAGUGAUGGAGCAUGGCACACAUGAUGAGCUGAUGCAGGAGGAAGGGCUGUAUUGUCAUCUCGUUAAUCAACAGAGUCACAAUUCGGACGUGGCUGAAGAAGUGGCUGAUGAGCUUGAGUCUAAGUUGUUUGAUGUCAAUGAUAAAAAGAAUGAUACAUUCACCGACGAGAUUCACCCCAAUUCCAAGAAUAACAAGAAGAGGGAAUUGGUGUUAAAUCAGAGAAGGGCAUCGACGACAGGAAAAGAAGAAGAUGAAGAAGAGGAUGUCCCGGAAGUGUCUGUAGGAAAAGUUCUUCGUAUGAACUCGCCAGAAUGGUACCUAAUUCUAGGUGCCUGUAUGUGUUCCACAUUGGUCGGAGCUAUACAGCCCUCCUUUGGCCUCGUCCUGGCAGAGUUUCUCACUGUUUUCACAAUACCCAAAGAGGAGCAAACAGACCAGUCCAACCUGUUAGUUGGCAUUAUCAUGUCCAUAGCCGUCGGCAACGCUGUUCUUCGACUGUGUAUGAGCAUAUGUUACUCCACAGCUGGUGCAAGGUUAACCGCACGGUUCAGGACACUUGCAUUUAAAUCUAUAAUGUGGCAGGACAUUCCAUUUUUUGACGAUCCCAAGAACCGUGUAGGAACCCUGACAACCAGACUGGCGCGUGACAGUGGCUUGGUACAGGGGGCUGCAGGCAACAAGCUUGGAGCAGUCCUGGAGUCUCUAGCAACUGUUACCGCCGCUCUGGUCAUUGCAUUCAUAAACAGCUGGAGAUUGACCCUCGUGGUCUUGGCAUUUAUGCCCUUAAUGGUUUUGUCAGGUGUUGUACAUGGAAAAAUGUUGACAGGCUUUUCUAAGGGAGAUAAAACUGUCACUGAGGAGUCCGGCAAGCUUACUAGCGAGGCCAUCAACAACAUACGCACAGUAGCCUCCCUUACCCGGGAACAAUCCUUUAUUGACAAGUAUAAUAACUUCUUGAACGCCCUUUACACAAAUGGUAAAAAACGAAGUGUGCUCCAAGGGGUUAUGUAUGGUCUAUCACAAUCAAUUAUGUUCUUUGCCUACGCUGCUACGUUUACGUACGGAGGUUACCUUGUACAGUACGAAAACCUGCCAUUUGAAAGUGUGUUUAAGGUCUUCGCUGCUAUCGUUUUCGGUGGAAUGUCUGUUGGAAGACAGAGCUCCUAUGCACCAGAUUACAACAAAGGCAAACUGGCCGCAUCUCGCCUAUUCCAGUUAAUAGAGAUGAAAGCAACAAUAGACACAGCGAGUGAGGAGGGUAGCGUUAUGACUGAAUUUCGUGGCAGUAUAUUACUCGAUGGCGUUCAUUUCCACUACCCAACUCGACCGGAAGUUGAGGUACUGCGUGGGUUAUCCAUGAUUAUCCAGCCGGGGGAGACAGUGGCCAUUGUGGGCACGAGUGGUUGUGGUAAAUCUACUACGGUACAGCUGCUGGAGAGGUUCUACGACCCGGAGGGAGGAUGCAUUCUGGCAGACGGUAACGACAUAAAAUCUCUGAAUCUGAAGUGGUUCCGCAAUCAGAUAGGCAUUGUUUCCCAGGAGCCCUGUCUGUUUGACUGCAGUAUUGCAGAAAACAUAGCGUACGGAGACAACAGCAGGAUUGUACCGAUGGAUGAAAUUAUCUCAGCAGCACGAAAAGCCAACAUACACCAAUUUAUUAACAGCCUGCCAGAUGGUUAUGACACGAAUGUUGGAGAUAAGGGGACACAACUCAGCGGAGGGCAAAAACAAAGGGUGGCCAUAGCGAGGGCACUUAUACGCAACCCAAAAGUGUUGCUCCUAGACGAAGCUACCUCAGCACUCGACGCAGAAAGUGAAAGGGUCGUACAAGAGGCCUUGGACAAAGCACGCGCUGGUCGGACAUGCCUUGUCAUUGCACAUCGUCUCUCCACAAUACAAAAUUCGGACCGCAUCGCCAUUCUCCAUAAAGGUGAGGUAGUAGAACUCGGCAGUCAUUCUGAACUACUCGCCAAGAAAGGAAUUUAUUACAAACUCAGCCAGCAUAACAACAAAAAGACUGAAUUUUAAAAAAGCGUUGUAUGCAUGUAAUGAGCAUUAUGAGCAAACAUGUCGUCUACAUAGAACUAAAUGCUAGCAGAAAAAGUUGAUGGCGUUUUAUUGUAUACGUUGACACCAAGUAGUAUUCAUGUGAAGAUAAAUUCUGAGUGUUGUUUCUAUAUUAAGGUACGUUUUAUAUUGAUACAAUUGCCGCCCUUAAAUGGUUUUUAAUCUGAGGACACCGUCUUCAUGUGACCACAAUUGUUGCAAGGAGGCGACACCAUGAAAAAACGCUCAUAGUUAUGGAUUUCUACAACAUAUCUAUUUAUUUCCCCACUUGUACGCAUGCACAAAUGAACGCGCUAUUCCAUAGUCGGCGGACUUCUAUGAACACUUAAAAACGAUUAUUCAACAAAAUUGUUUUUGGUAGAAGCGAAAUGAUUUCGAAUUAAAAAAUAAUUUAUAAUAUAUAUUCAGACAUACACACAGGGAAAAUAUACAGGUCUGUCAUUGCCUAUUUUGCUUAUUGAAAUUAUUGGUAUUGGUCGUAUAUUAAAUAAUCAAGAUUGUGUAUACAAAUGUAGCUAAGUUUUAAACAGCUCAGGGCUGCCUAUUACCAGGCAAUCCUCAUUAGAAGAGAACAUUUUAAUUGGUUAAUAUUCAAUACAUUUUAAGUACACAAUGAUCCUGCUAUCGAGGCUCACAGUUCAGAGAUGUUUGGUGCGAAAGAUUGCUCAUCAGCACACAGUUCCGGAAAAUUUAUGAUAACUAUUUAUUUGUUCAGCACAUUGUUUAAGAUAUGCACGACCAUUUAACCAUCCACCUUGUAAUUGUGUGCCGUUAUUUUAAAUGUUAUGUACAUGUUAUUGUUUUUGUUUUAUUUAUUUUUCCUCUUAAUUUUUGCCUGCAGUAGAACGUAUUGAUCCGUUUUCGUUGUCAUAUCACGCCGACAAUUUAUUGUAGAGUUUAAGGAAUAGGAUAUAAAUGUUGUUUACAUAAGAACAGCUGAAUGAUUUUUGUUUAUCUUGAUAUAAAGUUUGUCUUCGGAGCGGAAGCAUUUUUGUCAUCACACGUUGUCUUCAGUCUGUCAGACUAUUUUUGUCUACAAUAUCUCUGAGAGAGUGUAAGGUCUUAUUUGAUAUAACAAUGUCUUUCCAAAUAUCACCAGAAGGUAAAGAAAUGUCAUAUAUUUAUCGCAUAUGCUUGUUUUCAGAAUGACAAUUAAGGGGCAAAUAGGGGUACUUUUUCUUUUAAAGAUAUUAGUUCAUAUCAGAAUCAUAAAAAAUGAUAUCCUUCCCCAGUCAGAAUUUAAUGUAUUUUUUCUUUAAUUUACGCUUUUGAUUAUCUUGUUUGGUAAAGUGUGGUUGAUUACCUUGUCUUUACAUUAAAUACAUCAGAUGGUCAAGCCGGAUUAUAUCAGACCUGUUCAACUUGGUACUGUUGAGCUUAUACAGUUGGUCAGAGAUUUACAUCUUUCAAUAAUAUUUAUUAGAUUUUGAAAUGUCUUUACCUCAGCUUAACAUUAGAUUCAACCUGAAAUAGGUUAUAUGUAUGUUAAUAGGCAUAUGGUCAGACCAGCUUGUUCAUAUAGCAAUAUUUCUGCAAAAAUAUUUGUAUAUGUAUAGAUGUUCAAUUUUGUGUAAAUUUAGACUCUUUCAAAUCAAACACCGCUUAUAAUCUGUCUGAGCCAUGCCAGUGGAACAGAUUAUAAUUUUGAUAAAGCAGCUAAGUAAUUUAGAAUCUUUUAAAAAGAAAACAAUGACAUAAAAAUCGCCACAACUUCACAGGUAAAUUUAAACUGCGUAAACUUUUGUAUAUUGUUGUAAGGCCAUUUUAUUACUUUAUGUCUAUAUUUCUUUCACAUUUAAUCAUAUAUAAAUCCGGCAAUUCUUGUUGAUUUUGCGUUACAUUACCAUAUGUCAAUUUAUUCAGUGCCUUGCCUUGAUAAUUGUUUUCGUUGUAUUAUUAAAUGACCAUUUGGUUCCUCAGGUUUAUCAUUUUAGAGCCAGUAUAUGUUGACAACUUUUAGUUAUUCACAUUUUCCAUGGUCUUGCCUUGAAAUUGAAUGAUUAUCUUGUAUUAUCUUUUGCAGUUCAGGUAUUAGUUACUUUCAAUAUCUUCAGGGUAAUGGUGUCUUGCCAAUACUGCAUCGGGAGAUAAUUUCGAGCUGAAUUAAAUUUCACUAUUAUGGGCCUUUUAUUUCAUUUUCAUUUUACUGGUAAUAUUUAUAUGACAUAUCUAGAAUGACACUGGGAAAAUCAAUGUUGGGUUGUCGGGUGGCGCAGUGGAUAUCGCAAUUGUUGUAAAAUAGAAUAAAAAUAAAAUAUUUAUAUUUAUAGUCGUAUUACGUAUCCUAACUGAUAAUGGUCAUAGUGGUAUGAAAUAUAAACACUGGAACAGGUAGUAGAUCUAUUAAAAAUGAACGUCGAGACUGGUGUUCAAUUCGAGUUUGUAAACUGUAGUGAGUUCUUGUGUGUUUACUUAAUCAUAAUAUUGGAGCCGCAAUCUAUACUUUUUAUGUUAUCGAAUAAUGAUUUAUUUUAUGCAAUGGUCAUUUCAUUGUCUCUGUUAAUGUUUUCUAGAUCUGACAAUCGUCAUGAGGACCCUAUUGACGGUCAAAGUCAAUGUUCUGUAUCUUGUAAUUGCUAGAAUCAAUUAAAAAUCAUGUACAUCAACUAAUAUUUCGUAAGAAUGUUUUUAAUCUGUACUUUAAAUUUGAUUUGUUUUCAAUCAGAACUCCGUUCUCGAAACAUAUUAUUGUUAUUUAUUUGCUAGCCGUGUAUGUAUACAUAUAAAAGCAGGUAUCUGCAUUACUCCUCAAAAAAACAUAUUUACAUACAGCUUCUCACCUGUUAUAUAAUCCAUGGCCAAAUUAAGCUACUUUUGUAACAGUAGUUUGGCCUUUAAGAACAUCAGGUAUUUCUACAAUGAUUGAAGACUUGCGCCAUCUACUUUAUAACCCUUAUUCCGUUUUCCUUUUAUCCAAGAAAGGUUUCCGUUGAUUCAGCUCGAUAACGAAAAAGAAAUCAGCUUAAAAUCGUGUAACAAAAUGGUAUUGAAACAAGUACCUUUACCAUCAGUGCGUAAUAUUUAACUGUCAACAUGACAAAAUAUCUAAAUACAAAUUUCAAAACAUCCAUGAUAAAUGAACUAUGAUGCCUUCUAUAACAAUAAUAAUAUAAUGGAUGGAUGGGAUAAAUUAAUUAAAAAUUCAAUUCAAGGUUAAUUGUUAUAGAUUCUGUAUCACUUCAUGAAUUUUGAUUAAUAAUAUAAUGCUUUAAAAGUCACCAGUAUACUGUCUAGCACGAAUCACACAUAAGUUGUAUUAUAUAAAUGACAAAGAUCACAGGCAUACUGUGUAAGGCAGCUAUACCUAUUAUAAACUAUAGGCAUCCUAUUGAAGGAAGAUAUAUCUAAUACAAACUAUAGGCAUGCUGUGUAUGAAUCAAAAAUCACAAGUAUAAUAUUUACAAGUACAAUCAUUUCAAUGAUAUUAUCAAUAAUUUUCACGAUAAGGCUACGUAUAUAGUUCCACUAUAUGAAUGAAUGCUUUGCUGCGAAGAAACUUAUGACAAGGUUUAUGUUGUCAUAAGUUUCUUAAGGACAAAACAAAACGGACACACGCUUUUCUGUGUGAUCUAAUAUUUUCAUAUCGUUACAAUCCUAUUUUGUGAUCAGAUGUUGUUUGCGGUUCAUUUUAUUAGCAAAUAUGAAAAUUGCGUUAUCUCUUAUUGUAUUUUGUUAUCAAAUAUAUGUAUACCAUUUAUUUUGUGAAACCUUGAGUACUCUUUGAUUUGGCACCAGACACAAUAGCAGGCUGUAUUUGAUUUGUUAUUUGUAUACGUUUUUAUGCCGUAUAUCUAUAUCAGACAUUUCAAUUGUUUACAAUAUCUUGUGUGACCAGUUAUUUGUAUGCAGCAUGUUUUGUUAUUAGUCAUUUAUAUACAGAUUGUUAUGUUAUUAGAUAUUUGUAUACGGUAUACUUUGAUAUAUGACAUUUGUAUACUAUAUAUUUUGUCCAAUGACAAUUGAAUGAGGUUAAUUUUGCUACAUUUGCUCAGCAACAUAUCAUUGAAAUGCAUAGAAUAUGUGCUUCACGUUAGCCCAAGUUGAGACGUCACCGAUCUUAUUGUUAAAACACUGACUUUGUAACUGAAGCAUGGAAUACAACCAUUUUGAAAUGUAAAUAUAAGUAAUGUAUGUUUUCCAAAGGAAGUAUAAUUGUCGACCACCACAUACUGUAAUUCCUGACAAACAUACAUCCAACCUUAUCAUGUUUUAUUAGGUCAAUCAGCGGUAGCAACCUCUUUUGUAUGAUUACUAAAUCAUUUGUGAAAUAUUUAAUGCGUAUGUAUCGUAUAUCAUUUAACAUUGGUGUACGGUAUAUUUUGUGUUCAAACAUUGAAAAUA